AUUUACCAACAAAACAGACACGGGCACAUCAACUCAUUUAAAAAGAAAGAAAUGAUCGUUUGUCUUCAUCCUAAAGCCAUCCAAAUCUAAAAGAUGCACUAAGAGAUGCCAGAAUGACUACUCACUUGGAAUCCUUCUUCUGGACUUUAGUUGAAAUAUGUUCUCUUUUGAAUUUAUUGGACUUUUCCACUACGAUGAGAUUGGAUUUUCAUGAGAAAGGAGUUAAUCUGCUUCUCAUCACUUUUUCAGGCAAGGAACACUCUUAAAAAUCUGAGAAGUAUCCUGAGAAUAUUUCAAAAGUCAAGGAUAAAGAUUUGAUCAAUAGAUCACCAAUGUCUUUGUGCGUUAGGUUCUAAAUUCAAAAUAAUCACAUUUUCAUGGAUAUAGCCGCCUCCAGUAGGAAGUACGCUCUGAUGGGACCUGGAUGACAGCCAGACAGAACAAGGGGCGGACAAAUGAAACUACAGCAGCAGAAGGAGGAAUAUGUUUUGUGUUUCCCAAUCUAAGAAAAGAACAUUUCUUUGUGUCCAUUUCUUCCUCUUAAAACCACCAGUAUCUAUUUAAACUAUUAAAGUUCUUAUCAACGUUGAAAAAAAAAAUUACAUUUGAUGCAACAAUGAUCGCUUUUAAUGUGACUCAGAGUCAGGAGACAUCCUUGGUAGGAUCAACUAUGAGGGAGAACUACGUAGUGACAUCACCCAGUCCAGACCUCACAACCCCUGCUGUGAUAGAAAGAGAAGUAGUGGCCAUGGGAUAUAUUCUUAGUGUGGGAUCCAUUUUUAUUAUCUCCACCAACCUUUUAGUCGCCAUUGCCCUGGUCCUGCUCAUCCGCAAGAGGGGCUGCCAGAGCUGGUGUUUUGUCUUAAACCUAUCCAUUGCGGACAUCCUAGUUGGUGUGGCUAUCACUGGCAUUGCCACUGAUGCUCUCGAAGGAAAGACAGCCUCCAUGGAGAAGGACAUUUGUUUGUUGCGCAUGACCUUUAUCAUUCCACCCACCGCAGCCUCCAUCCUAACCAUGUUCUUGAUCUCACUGGACCGCUAUGUAGCUAUAAAGCUGCCUCUGCGCUAUUUGCAGUUAAUGAGUAAUAAGAUGAUUGCUGGGGCUCUGGUUCCCAUCUGGCUCAUCUCAAUGUCUGUGGGAUUUUCACCCAGCAUUUUGAAACAGUUGCAGAGGGAAGACUAUCACAAGCUCUGCACGUUCUUCUCCGUCAUAGAGCCCAAGAGCAUCAUUGUGGUCUUCUGCCUUUUUUUCUUUCCACUGCUCUCGGUCUUCAUCUAUUUUUACAUGGACAUCCUGAAAAUUGCAUGUGGCCACCAGAAGCGCAUCCGUGCCCAGCAAGCAGGUUUACGCUUUCUGACGGCUAGCCGUUACUGGGGUCACGUAAAAGCCCUGCGGACUGUUGCCAUGCUGGUUGGUUGCUUCACGCUCUGCUGGUGCCCUUUUUUUGUGGUCAGUAUUGUGCAGGCAUCAUGUCCAACCUGUAAACUUUAUCACUUUUUGGAGAACCAUCUCUGGCUGUUGGGACUCUCAAACUCCCUUAUAAAUCCCCUUGUUUAUGCCUGCUGGCAGCGAGAGGUGAGGAACCAGAUCUUUGAGAUAUUCGCUCAUAUUAAAGUCAGGUUGUGUCUUGUGACACACUCUGAGACAGCAGACAGAUGCCACACAGACCACCCGACUGUCACUAAGGCAGUAAUGUUUCAUGACAAGAUGAUAGCCACCCCGUUAAAUUACAGUAGGUCUGUCACAAUUCCGGAACAACAUCCGGAAAAUAUUUCCAAUAGAUUGUGAGGACCAAAUGCAGUCAAGUAUAAUUCAAGUUAGUCCAGUAUUUGGUCAUCAGCUAUAUUGGUUUUUUCUUUCAUGGGAACAUGUCAUGUCAAAAUAUACAACAUUUAUAAAAAAAUUCA